AUGUUUUCAAACGGAAGGGAACAUUUUUUUGAACGAACAGGAAGUGGAUUAAAAGCUUUUUCAUGUCACAAAUAUUAUAAUAAUGAUACUACAAAUGCAUUAAAACUAUUAGGACGAUGGAUCUUAGAUGUAGCUAAUUCAAAUAAUGAUAAUGAUAGAAUAAAAGAUAGUUUGUUAAUAGAAAUUAGUACAAUACUUGUUAAAACAAUAUUACGAAUAGGAAAAGUAAAUAUUAGGAAGUUAAAGGAUGAAUAUUCAAUUAGUAAUCUAUUAAAUGAAAAUCCAAAAAAAGUAGGAGAAGUUUUUGGAUUGUGUAUUUGGAAAUUACGUUCUGAAGUUCGCGAAAAAAAACAAAAUCUUGAAAUUCCACACUCACUUGAAGAAUAUCAAUAUAAUGAAAUCCGAAGUUUUGAAAAUAAAAUAUAUUUUCUUUUACAAACUUUGGAAACAGAUUUUGAUUUACAGUCAGUUUAUAAAGAAUUGAUUAAAGAAGUUGAUUUAGAAUGUAGAGUUUUAUCACCUAAUGUAGUUAUACUAAAGCCUAGCGAAAAUUCUUGUAAUAACGAAGCGGUUCAUAAUGCAUGUUUCAAAAUCAAUAAUAAACGAAAAUACAGAUCUUUAACUAGUUCUGAACAAAUAAUUUUUAUUAGAUUACAACAAAAUUCUAAAUUAUCAAUAAAAGAAACAAAAGAAGUAUUUUUAGAAAUUUGUUCCUUAUCUGAUAGCAAACCUGAAGAAUGUGAUCUAAAAAGAAUUCGAGAUAUUUGGUUAAGAUAUAAAAGACAAAUUAAAAGACAAAAGUGA